CCGCUGCCGAAGCGAAGGCGAGGGGAGUCAUGGGACCCUUUUCGCCCCGCAUCUGCGAAUCAGCCGCACCAUUCCGAGAUCGCCAUUUUGUGCGCAACGCCAGUCGUCGGCCGCGAUUCCAUGGCCUCCCGGACAGCUUCGCCACUGCGAGCCAGCAAGCUGACCCAUGGCCACUAGUCGUGCGGCGGGAGGCAGUGGAGGAGACGAGCCGUCGACUUCCGCCGCGGAUGACCAGCCCCCAGGGCUGGCCAAGCCGUUGCACCUGCAGCGGAUCGAGCGGGCCGUCAAGCUCGACAACUUCAUCAGCUUCAUCCACAACUACUUCUCGACGCCCCUCAAUGACGACGCCGAGGACACGGAGGCUGAGAGCUUGUCGGACAUCGACGAGGAUGGUGAUGUGCUCAAUGGUGGCGGUGGUGGCGAGAGCACCACCCAGUCUGAGACAGACCGGCGCGCAGAGAAGAUGAAGCUGUACAACUUUGACAAUGUGAAGAAGAGCCGGCGCUGGCUUAAGAACGUGCUGCUCAGCGACACUUCGUCCUCAGAGGAGGACAACUCGCCCACUGAGGACGACCUCCAGGACUGGCUGCGCUUCCACAAGCUGCGGCAGAUCGCCAGGGCCGAGCUCAACGCUGACCCUGAGCUGCGGCAGUACCAGUACUACGGUGUGGGCAUGCUCUCCCAGCACGACCCGUUCCCCGAGCACCAGAAGGCGUUCCUGGGAAACAAGAAGAAGGCCAAGGAGAAGAGGGCCAUGGAGCGGAAGAAAGCCAAGCUAAAGCGGAUAAAGGUAGAGCCCGACUAUGACGACGACUCGUUCAACCAGGACAAUUCGGAAGGCGAAGCUGCCAGCCUGGACGACUCGCGUCGUAGCCCGGACAGCAUGUGCGGUGAUGGGCCGGGUCCCAACAACAUGGCCGGCGGGGGGUCACGACCCCACGGUCGCAAGAAGAGCGCCGCAGCCCAUGAAGCCUCCAUGAACCUCAAGCGGAGGCGUCUCUGGGUGGCCCUGGCGAAGAAGGAGAUCGCAAGGGCGCAGAAACAGAAGGUCAAUGCCCACAAGGAGAUGUUGACAAAUGCAAAGAAGCUUGCGGUGGCAUGCCAGCGAGAGGUGAGGCGCUCGGCGCUGGGCGCCCAGAAGACUGGUCGGGACGUGGCAGGGGGCCGCGCCCGGCGACUGGCGCGGGAGAUGGCCCUCUACUGGAAGCGCUACGAGAAGGUCGAGAAAGAGCACCGCAAGCGGGCCGAGCGCGAGGCGCAGGAGCAGCUGCGCAUGGACAUCGAGCUGCGCGAGGCCAAGCGGCAGCAGAGGAAGCUCAACUUCCUCAUCACCCAGACGGAGCUGUACGCGCACUUCAUGAGCCGCAAGAUAUCGGGCGGCGGACCGGAUCUCCGUCAGGACGAGAUCCUUCAGAACCUGGAUGAGUCGGCUUCAGGCUCGCGGUCCAGCUCGCUCCUCGAUGCAGAGGAUGACGAUUAUGAUAAAGAAGUUGUGAAGGCACAAGCUUUGAGGAACGCAGAGGACGCAUAUAGGGCACACCAGGCUAAGACCGAAGGAUUCGACGCGGAAGUGAAGUGUCUGAAGAGUCAGACAAAGAAGGGAGCAUCGUCGCAGAACGAUUUGAACGAGGACUUCAGAGUGACGGCCGACCCGAACCUGGCAACCGAAGACAUCAGCCAACCGCACAUGUUCGAAGGGAAGCUGAAGAGCUAUCAACUCAAGGGCAUGAACUGGCUGUACAGCCUCUACGACAAAGGCAUCAACGGCAUCCUCGCCGACGAGAUGGGCCUCGGCAAGACUGUGCAGACCAUCGCCUUCCUGGCCGCACUAGCCGAGGUUCAGAACAUCUGGGGUCCGUUCCUGGUCAUUGCCCCCGCAUCCACCUUGCACAACUGGCAGCAGGAACUAACCAAGUUUGUUCCCAAGUUCAGGGUGGUGCCCUACUGGGGCAACACGAGCGACCGCAAGGUGCUGCGCCAGUUCUGGAACGGCAUGCACCAGCUGGGGGGCGAGCGGGCCUCCUUCCACGUGGUGGUCACCUCGUACCAGCUGGUGGUGCAGGACGUCAAGUACUUCCAGCGCAUCCACUGGCAGUACAUGGUGCUCGACGAGGCACAGGCCAUCAAGAGCACCUCCAGCGUCCGGUGGAAGAUCCUGCUGUCGUUUCACUGCCGCAAUCGGCUGCUCCUCACGGGUACACCAAUCCAGAACACCAUGGCAGAGCUGUGGGCCCUGCUUCACUUCAUCAUGCCAACACUGUUCGACUCGCACGAGGAGUUCAACGAGUGGUUCUCGCGAGACAUUGAGAGCCACGCUGAGAACAAGUCCACCAUCGACGAGAAGCACCUGUCCCGCCUACACAUGAUACUCAAGCCCUUCAUGCUGCGCCGCAUCAAGAAGGACGUCGAGAACGAGCUCUCGGACAAGAUUGAGGUGCAGGUGUACUGCUGGCUGGCGCAGCGCCAGAAGGCCCUCUACCAGGGCCUGCGCAACAAGAUCUCCAUCGAAGACCUGAUGCAGUCGUCGGGAGCCGCCUCGUCCCAGGCGCAGUCGGCCACCUCCUCUCUCAUGAACCUCGUCAUGCAGUUCCGAAAGGUCUGCAACCACCCAGACCUGUUUGAGAGGCGAGAAGUCCGCUCGCCGUACCACUUGAAGGGCUCCACGUUUGAGCUGUCUCGAUUUCUAUUCUCCCGGGGCGUCCUAAGUGGCUGGAACGACCACCACAGCCGAUGGCCCAACAUCUUCCACCCGAGCCACGUUCACCACUCGAUUUUCAAGCAAGCAGAAGGACGACCCGCGAGCAGCUUCUCCUUCUGCCGGUUCGUCGGCCUGUCCGCGGAACUCGCCAAGAUCAUGCUGUGUAGCCUGCUGGAGAGGUUCCUUGCCAUUGUGAAGGAGCUCAAAGAAGCACAGCGGAGGCACCACUGCUACGUCUGGCAUAGGCACGACAAGGACUCUAGCAAAUCCAGCAGGCGGGUGUCUCCCCAAGACUUGCUCGUGAGCCGGCACACCCCGCUGGGCGCCGCAUCGCUGGCGCAGGGAGGCACGCUGAGCCAGCUGGUGUUCGCCACGGACCGGCGGUGCUACGGCUUCACCGACCACCGCAUCCAUGCCAUGGCCGAGACGACGGCACACCGGGAGAUGCGGCGUCGCAAGCUCCGCAACCCGCGCCACGCGCACCACCAUCACCACCACCACCAUCACCAUCAUCACCACCCCCACGGCGGCGACGGGGCGACUCCCAGUGGCAGUUCGACAACGGCAGCGACUGUGAUACCGACCUCUCCAGUUUCGCAGCCUGGUACGAGUGGGGAGGCCCAGUCUAAGAAGCCGUCGCAUCCUCCACCGGCAAGUCCUCCACCACUGCCCGAGUUCCCGCACCGGCAACGACCGGUUCAGGUUCGGAAGUGCAUACCGACGGAUCUGCCUCGGUUCCUGGUCUCCUGCGUGGCGCCACGGGUGACAGCAGAGCCCUGGAACAUUGAGUGCCUGUCGAACCGCGCCCUCUGGUGGUGGCGAGGGGUGCAGGCGUGCGGCAGCCCCGAUGCCCAGCGGUGGUGGCGGACUGGUUCGAUAAGCCCCGAACCUCCGGCUCCGGGGUUCGAGCCCCGGGACCCACCGGAAGGGGGCAUUGCGUCUGCCAGACCUUUCCACGGGUGGUCACACAUCUCAAUACCAGACAAGGAGACUCUGGUGACGGACUCGGGCAAGCUCCAGGUCCUGGACCAGCUCCUGCGGAAGUUGAAAGCUGGGGGCCACCGAGUGCUCAUCUACUCGCAGAUGACACGCAUGAUCGAUCUCCUCGAAGAGUACAUGUGGCAUCGCAAGCACACGUACAUGCGGUUGGAUGGCUCCUCCAAGAUCUCUGACCGGAGGGACAUGGUUGCCGACUUCCAGGCCAGGUCGGACAUCUUCGUGUUCCUCCUUAGCACACGUGCUGGUGGUCUUGGAAUCAACCUCACAGCUGCAGACACGGUGAUCUUCUACGACAGCGACUGGAACCCGACUGUGGACCAGCAGGCCAUGGACCGUGCCCACCGUCUGGGCCAGACCAAGCAGGUGACCGUGUACCGGCUCCUCUGCAAGGGCUCGAUCGAGGAGCGCAUCCUUCAGAGGGCGCGGGAGAAGAGUGAGAUCCAGCGCAUGGUGAUCAGUGGCGGCAACUUCAAGCCCGACACGCUCAAGCCCAAGGAGGUUGUGUCUCUGCUUCUGGACGACGCCGAGCUGGAGCGCAAGUUCCGACAGCGUCAGGAGGAACGGAAGCAGCUGGAGGACAACGUCGAGAAGCCCAAGGAGCGCAAGAGGCGAAGCGACAAGGGAGAGAAGCGGGGUCCCCGCAAGAAGAAGAUGGUUGAGCACAAUGUGACGACCAGUGCCCCCACGCCUGUGACAAUGGCAUCAACGCCGCCCCCUACGUUACCUUCACAGCAGGACUCGGAGUCCAUCGUCAGCCUUGACUCGAUUCCACCAAGCCCCUACAGCGAGCGUUCGCUGAGCAGUGUGGCCAUUGCACAAGAUGAUGACAGCAGCGAUGGCCCCCUCAUCGUGGAUGAUGGAAGCCCGUCGAGCACUCCUGUGCCUCCCCUGAACACCUCUGUGGACAGUCCUGGAGCACCAUCUCCGGGCGGCAAGAAGGGCCGAGGCACGGGUCGAAGUCGGGGUCGGCCACGAGGGUCGACACGCAGGGGCGGGGCAGCGCUGCGGGGGCGGGGUUCCAUGCUGGCAGCCGCCGAGCGAGCCGGAGCCCAAGCCGGAGCCCAGGCUGGUUUUGCAGCCUAUGGCUACAGUGUUCCCUGGAAUGGAGCCUCAUCAACAAGUGAGUUGUCUUGGCAACACUGUUGCUCCCUUGCAUGCGAGUCGCUGAGUUUCGGUAGGCACGAGCCCAGUUCAAGCAUUUUUUUAAAUACUUUGGGAGAUACUUUUUUGCUAAGCUGAUGGA